CCCCGGGCUGCGGGGGUCUCCCAGCAUCCAUCUUCGCCCUCCUUAGCGGGCAGUGCCCUUCCGCCGCCGGGGCCCCUCCUCGCAGGAGGAGGCAGCCGAGGAGCACCGCGCCUUGGGAGGGCUCCGCCUGCAGGGGGCGGCGGGCGGCGCUAGCGAGCGGCGAGCUGGCUGGCGGCGCGAGGCUCUGGAGCUUCUGAGCCGCGCUCGCUGCGAAGGCUGACGGGCAGAGGGGAACGGAGCCUCAGCGUUGUCCUGCUGCUGCUCGCCGCCGUGGCCAUCAUCGACCCUCGGGGUGAGGAGCCGCGGAGCUGCGAGACUGUCCGGAAAGUUUUCCAGUUGCGUCAGCUCGGCUCCCUCAGGAGCGUCCCGAAGUUCCCGCGGGCAGGUGUUGAUCUCCAGGUUUGUACUUCUAAAAAUCCAACAUGCUGUACCAAAAAGAUGGAGGAAAGAUAUCAGACUGCAGCAAAGCACGCUAUACAGCAAGUACUUCAAACAUCUAGUGCUACGUUAAAAUUUUUAAUAUCUCACAGUAAGCUUGCAUUUCAGAAACAUUUUGAUUUAUUUCUAAUCAUCUCAGAAAAGAUGCUAUUCCCAAUUCCCAAUAAAGUCAUAAAACAAAUGGGAAUAUCACUGUUACCCAGCCGGAAUUUCCUGCAGGCUCUGAAUCUGGGGAUUGAAGUAAUCAAUACAACAGACCAUCUGCAUUUCUCUAAAGACUGCAGCAGAGCGUUAUUGAGAGUGCAAUACUGUCCCCAUUGCCAAGGGCUGAUUUUGAGUAAGCCCUGUGUGGGCUACUGCCUCAGUGUCAUCCGAGGCUGCUUAGCCUACCUGGCAGAAAUUGACCUUCACUGGCAGGGAUAUAUUCAGUCCUUGGAAGAGCUCUCGAGUGCUAUGCUUGGAACAUAUGACAUUGAGCAUGUGCUUCUAAACUUUCACUCACUUGUUAAUGAUGCUCUCAUGCAAGCUUGUGUCAAUGGACUAGAAUUAACUGAGCAGGUAAGAAGCUUGAACAAGGUAUGUGGCCCACUUGUAAAGAAGCCUACACGGUCUCUGCAUUGCUCUUUUGAUCAGAACAAAUAUAACCAGGGGCUGAAGAUGUUCUCAAGAGACAGUGAGGAAACCCUUGCCAGCAGAAGAAAAGAAUUUAUCAGCCACCUUUGCCUCUACAGAGCCUUUUAUGGUGGCCUGGCUGAUCAGCUGUGUGGUAAUAAGUUGGCAGCUGUUGAUGGUCUGCCAUGUUGGAAUGGAGAAGAUGUUGUAAAAAGCUAUACUCAUCAUGUGGUUGGCAGUGGAAUCAAAGCUCAGUCUGGGAAUCCAGAAGUAAGAGUGAAAGGAACAGAUCCUGUAAUAAAUCAAAUUAUUGACAAGCUGAAACAUGUUAUUCAGCUGUUGCAGGGCAAAUCAUUUCGUAAAUAUGAUAACUGGGAUCUAUGGCAAACAGGCAGUGGUGGAAGUGUGGAAGAACAAAUCAGUGGAGAUUGUGAUGAUGAAGAUGGUUGUGGAGGAUCAGGAAGUGAAGAAGUAAAAAGAACAUUUCACCUUAGUGAUUGGAUGCCAGAUAAGACGAACCUCAGUGACAUAAAGCAAAUCCAUCAAACCAUCAAUGCCAGCACUUUACAUACAACUGGAGCAGGCUGUACAACAAUAGUGGAUUAUAUGACAUUUAUGCUGAUUAGUUUGAACUCACUCCAGCAUAUCCAUGCCUCUCUUCCCCUGGGAAACGCAAACUUGGAUACAGCACUGCAGAUGUAG